AUGGAUUAUACGCCGAGGACGGAGGCAGCGGUGACUGCGACCAAGACGACGCCGUCCCCUUCUGCUCCCUCUUCCAUUCCUCCACCUGCUCACCAGAGAGACGCGGACGAGGACGACGAGAACGUCAGGCAGCUCGGGGAUUGCUCGGCCGUGUACCUGGCCCUUCAGGUAAUUUCGUCUCCGAUCCAUUCCUCCUUCUCGCUUCUGUGUGCCUUGUUUGUGCUCGAUUAUCAAAGGGUCUACGCAUCCUCCUGUCGGUGCUUUUGCAGGAAUGCCUGAUACGGACGAAUAGGGACUGGAGAUCCUGCCAACCAGGUAUUUCGCGCCUUCACCUGCUCCGGAUGCGUUUUGAUCUCAGUCUGUUUUGAUCUGUAAAAGUUGUUAUCAAUUGUGUAGAUCGUUUGCCUUUCUGAUUCCGACAAUCUUCGGCUUCUUUCAAGUCGACGCGUGAAAGGGGGGGGGGGGGGGUGGCGGGGCGCUCGUAGCGAUCAGUUAUUGAAACCUUGGUAGAGUUUACGAGUUUUCUGUGAUUCCAAAUGGUACGAUCCGAUCCCCAUCAAUGGUGUCCAUUCUUAAUCGGAUAGGGAGGGGAGGAGGGAAGUUAAUUUCCUGUAGGGAUUUCUUGCAGUUCCUGCUCGUUUCCUUUUCAAUUAGGCACAAGGUUUUGCCAGUGAACUGUUUUUUAGUCCACAACUUAUAUUUAACUUACGUGAUAUAGAAAACUGCGAUUAAUACCAAUUAAUAUUUUCCAGAACACAAUUUUUUCGUUGAAGGUGAAGCCGAACAGUUUUUAACAUAAAUCUUCAUCUUGUUUAUUUAUUUUCUUAAAUAAACAAGGAGGUAGAAAUUAUCAUCAAUUUGCUGAGCAGUAUGCUUAACGUUAACCUAUGAAGCUAUAAAUUCGUGGGUACUGAAUAACCAACAAAGCAGCAAUGUGCUUAACUUCAAAAAAUUUCUUGGGUACCCAACCAUAUUGGAGAAUUGCAGGAAUGGGAGUAUUUUGCUUCGAUAGUCCUAGAUCCUAUAUCUGCUCCUGAUUUACAAAACCGUCAGUCAACGCAUAGAAUGAUGAUUUUGCUAUAUAAAUGGUCCAGGCUCCAUACAUGACAUAACCCUUUUCCGAUUUUUUUUCAAAUCAUCAGGUUGUUAUUCGUUUUUUUCCUAAUAAAUCACUUCAGUCAGUCGCGUAAUCAUAAUAGUAUGACCUUAUGAGAAACAUAUUUAGACAUAUUCAUCGUCAUUUCCAGUAAAGGAAGCAUAUUUUUCUGCUGAUUAUCUUUUGCUGAAGAUGUCAUUAAGUGGAGUCGUUUUUGCAUAGUUUCUUGUCAAUUUUUCACCAAAGAUGGAAAAAAACAUCUGAUAGCUGACAAACUGUUUUGACCUACGAGGAACAUAGUCAGUUCAGACACAGUUAUCAUUUUUUUUCCAGUGGAGGAAACCUGUUCCGUUCAUUAUCUUUUACUGAAACUGUCAUGAUGAUGGUUCGUCAAAGAUGGAAAGAAUACCUGGUUACUGAAAACAUAUCUCGAAUGUUGUUUUUCAUUCAUUUCUUCUCCUUCUCAUUACUAACAUGGUGUUCUCACAGAAGUUCAAGCUUUAAAGGCGUGUCACGCAAGGAGCACCAAGCGUUCUAAGGAGCAAUGA